AUGGAGCAAGUGAAAGUCCUCAGCGUAGAAGGAAGUCCAUUUGCCACGCGCAUCUUAAUUGCCUUGGAAGAGAAAGGUGUGAAAUAUGAAUACCAAUUAGAGGAUCUGUUGUCCAAUAAGAGCGACCUCCUUCUGCAAUUGAAUCCUUUGUACAAGAAAGUACCUGUCCUCGUACACAAUGGCAAGCCCAUAUGUGAAUCUCUAAUUAUUCUUCAGUACAUUUAUGAGACCUGGGGCUCCGAGAAGGUUCUACCAGCCAAGCCAUAUGAGCGUGCCCUUGCGCGCUUCUGGGCCGACUUCGCUGAUAAGAAGACGAGGCUCAACAGCAGGCCAAAGCGUGACAUGCUGGAGAACCUAAAAUUUUUAGAAGGGGCAUUGAAAGAAAUGUCAGGAAGACGCUCCCUGCCUUUCUUCGGGGGAAAGGAUUUUGGGUUCCUGGAUAUCGCCUUAGCUCCCUAUGUGCCUUGGUUCCAUAUUUAUGAAACUAUUGGGAAUUUCAAGAUCCCUUUUGAAACUGAAUAUCCGUUGCUUGAUGCUUGGUUUAAGAGAUGUAUGGAGAGGGAGAGCGUCAAGAAACUUACUCCCUCUGUUCAGACUCUGGAGAGGGCCUUGGAAAUCAGGAAGAGACUUGUGUAG